UUCUGUUUUGGAGCAAUGGAGGCCAAUGUUGUAAACAGAGGCAGAGCCAGAGCCAGAGGAGUGAGAGUAAGAGGAGGACGAUGGGGAGGACGAGGACGAGGAAGGCCAAGGACAAUCAUUUCUGAUGAGAUCCGAGCAACUUUGGUUGACCAUGUGGUCAACCAUGGCCUAACAAUGAGGGAGGCUGGGCAAAGAGUACAGCCAAAUUUGAGCAGGUACACUGUAGCAUCCAUCAUCCGGACUUUCCGCAAUGAGAAUAGAACUGAAAGAUUACCAACAAGAGGUGGACGGGGCCGUCUUCUGUCUCCUGAACAGGAAACAGAGAUCAUGAACAUGGUUCUUGAAAAUAAUGCCAUUACCUUACGGCAAAUACAAAGAAAAAUAAUAGAAAACAAUGAGAUAUUUCAAAAUAUUGAUAGGGUAAGUUUAUCAACGCUGGACCGUGUCUUGCACAGAAAUAAACUGAGGAUGAAGCAGGUCUACAGGGUGCCAUUUGAGCGCAAUUCAGAAAGGGUCAAAGAAUUGCGAUAUAACUAUGUGCAAAGAGUCCUUGAGCUGGAGGUGGAUGCAGUGGAGCACCAGUUCUUCUUCAUUGAUGAGGUUGGAUUCAACCUCACAAAAAGACGAAGGAGGGGAAGGAAUAUAAUCGGCCAGCGUGCCAUUGUUGAAGUCCCUGGCCAGCGCGGAGGGAACAUCACAAUGUGUGCAGCGAUGACCGACCAUGGCAUCAUCCAUCACCAUGCUACCCUUGGCCCCUACAACACUGCCCAUCUGAUCACAUUCCUGGACACCCUACACAACACACUCAUUCCACCAGAUCAGAUAGACGGCCCAGAGCAGCUCAGGUACGUUGUCAUUUGGGACAACGUAAGCUUCCACCGGGCUGCUCUGGUUCAUAACUGGUUCACUGACCACCCACGCUUUUCAGUUGUUUAUCUCCCUCCAUAUUCUCCAUUCCUCAAUCCUAUUGAGGAAUUUUUUUCUGCCUGGAGAUGGAAAGUGUACGACCUAAAUUCAGAAACGCGUAUACCCCUUUUCCAAGCUAUGGAAGACGCAUGUGGAGAUAUAGCAGUUGAUGCUUUUCAUGGCUGGAUUCGCCAUGCUAGGCGAUAUUUCCCCCGCUGCUUGGCCAGGGAAAACAUUGCUUGUGAUGUAGAUGAGGUGCUGUGGCCAGACCGAAACAGAAGAGAGGAUGCAGCAUAGUUUAUUUUGUUUUGUUUUUUUAUUAUUACUGUAACUGUAUACAGUAAAAUCUUCUGCACUGUAUGUGCAACUUUGUGUCAGUUGGGAUGUACACUGUGUACAUUGUUUUGUGGGAAAAAUAAAACAUGUUUGUUACAGUAUAUUUGUGUGUUCUGAGUAUAAAAACAAUAUUCUAAAAUAUUUUACAACGCACUUAUGUAUUUAAUGUCUGUAGUAAGUGUAACACUGAACAAAAAGUCAUUAUGAUGAAUGGAGAAUGGUGUUUUACACUGAGCACAUCAGUGUUUAAAUGCUUUUUUUAAUUGUCUGUUCAUAUGAUAGUUUGUGUGUGUCAUCUGAACACAAAAUGGCCUUUUGUGAAGAGAUAAAACUGUUUUGAAUGUAAAGUUUCAUUUUGCAGGAGAAUUGAAGGGUUUUGCCCAUUGUGUGUGUGUUUGUUGGAUUUGUGUGUAGAGUUCUGAGAAUACGAGGCAUGUUUUCAGAAAUGU